AUGGCAAAAUUGUUGCAUUUCUUUAUGCUGACACUUGUCCUAUAUGUUCCUCAAUCUAUCUUAGCAAAUGAGUUUUCAUCUUCAACUCAGUCAUUGCGCCAUAGUGAUGAGUGCUCUAUAUUAUUCCAGUUCAAGGAGGACAUGUCUAUAAACCAAUCUGCAUCCUCUGAUCCUCAUGCUUAUCCAAAGGUUGCUUCAUGGAAGCUCAACAAGAGCGAUUGUUGCUUUUGGGAUGGGGUUGAGUGCAGUGAGAAAAGCUCAGGUCAUGUGAUAGGGCUUGACUUAAGUAGCAGUUUUCUCUAUGGUCCCAUUAACUCCAACAACUCUCUCUUCAACCUCAUCCACCUUCGUACCCUAAACCUUGCAGAUAAUGAUUUCCAGUUCUCUCAAAUUCCAUCUCGAAUAGGAGGUCUCUUGCACUUAGCAAAUCUAAAUCUCUCCUAUUCUCUUUUCGGUGGUCAAAUCCCGAAUGAAAUCACACAACUUACCCAAUUGAUUUCCUUGGAUCUAACUGGAAACCCAUUAAAGCUACAAGCUCUUAGCUUCAAAAACCUAGUUCAAAACAUAACGGAUACUCUGAGAGAACUCAUUCUCUCCGGGGUCAACAUAGAUUCUGAAGUACCUGUUAUCUUGACCAAUACCUCUUCCAUAACAUCACUCGUUCUUAGAGAUUGUGGGCUUAGGGGUGAAUUCCCAACAGGUAUUUUUCAUCUACCAAUGCUGCAACAUCUUGACAUGAGUGGUAACCAUGAUCUUUUUGGUUAUUUACCAAAGUUUCAUGCUAACAGUCAACUUACGAAUCUGAACCUCGCUGAAACAAAUUUUCAUGGCAUGCUACCGAGGUCAAUUGGGAACCUCAUACACUUGAAUCAGUUGGAUGUAAGCGGUUGCAAUUUCUCUGGGCCUCUUCCUGGAUCAAUCAGCAACCUAACACAGCUUACACUUCUGAGGCUCGAUUAUAACAGGUUUUGGGGGCGUAUUCCUUCUUUGGUCAGCCUAUCAAAACUCACUUAUCUGAUACUUUCCUCCAAUGAAUUUGACGGAAGGAACCUCUCUGAAUGGGUUGGUAAGCUUCCAAACCUCUUACAUUUGGACCUUAGGCUUAACAAUCUAAGUUGUGAGAUCCCAUCAUCUAUUGGGAAUCAAACACAACUUAGACGACUUUACCUCAACUACAACAACAUGGUUGGUGAAAUACCAUCCUCACUUGCGAACCUAACACGCCUUACAGACCUGAUCCUCGGGUUUAAUGACUUCACAGGCCGAAUUCCCUCUUUAGAAAGCCUCUCAAACCUCAACGUUUUGUACCUCUCCCUCAAUAAUUUUGAUAGAUGGAAGCUUCCUGAUUGGAUUGGUAAGCUAAAUAAGCUUACUUACUUGCAACUUGUUGCUGUCAACCUGUAUGGUGAGAUCCCAUCUUCAAUUUUUAACUUGACCCAAGUUGAAGAUUUAUUACUGUCAUCGAAUCAAAUGGAAGGUCGGGUCCCACCUUUUCCAAGUACCAUGACAAAGCUAACGAGCUUAAUCCUUCAAAAAAAUCAACUGAAAGGCCCCAUCCCAAGGUCAUUGCUGAAUCUCCAAAAUCUAGAAGCAAUUGUGUUGAAUGAUAAUAACAUCAACACCACAGUGGAGGUUGACAUUUUCCUUGGUCUCAGGAAUCUCAAGCUUCUCACUCUAGGGGGAAAUAGAAUCACACUUUCUGUCAUGACCAACAUUACCAGUGACAUGCUACCAAAGUUUGAAAUCUUAAAGUUGGAAUCCUGUUACAUGAAAGUCUUCCCUGACUUUCUUAGAUUUCAAGAUCAACUGCAGGAAGUGUAUCUCGAUGACAAUGAAAUUGAUGGGCUAAUACCCGAGUGGAUGGGGAAUGUUAGCAAAGAAUCACUGCAAACACUUUCUCUUUCCAAAAAUUCCUUAAUUGGUUUUGAGCAGCAUUGGCCAGUUCUUCCUUGGGUUGGUUUACGUUUAUUAGACCUGAGUCACAAUAUGUUGCAUGGAUCGAUCCCAGUGCCAUCAUCAACCACCAUGAACUAUUUGGUAUCAAACAAUAAGUUGUCUGGCAAAAUUCCACCGUCCAUAUGUGAUUUGCACUCUCUCCAGUUGCUUGAUUUGUCGUUUAACAACAUUAGUGGCUCAAUUCCUCCAUGCUUGGAGAAACUAAAUAGUUCGUUGUUAGUGUUGAAUCUUAGGGGUAACACUUUACAAGGAACCAUUCCUAAUGCUUUCAAGAAUAGAAGCAAGCUUCUAAUGAUGAAUUUAAGUGAAAAUCAAUUAGAGGGACAGAUACCAAGAUCAUUGGAAAACUGUGCGUCACUCCAGAUCCUUGAUCUUGGAAAUAAUCGUAUGGAGGACCUGUUUCCCUUCUGGCUGGGAGCACUUUCAGACUUACAAGUGCUCAUACUUCGGUUUAACAAAUUUCAUGGUGCUUUAAAGAUCCCAAGUAAAAGCAACUCUACAUUCUCAAAAUUACGCAUCAUCAACCUCUCGUUUAAUUCAUUUUCUGGUGAUCUGCCACAUCAGCUCUUCCAGGAUUGGUCAGCAAUGAAGGAGACAGAACAAAAUGCAGCGUAUAUGGAAGCAAAUGUUGAUAUUUUUGGGACAAAGUACUACUUCUGGUUAGGAAAUUAUUCAUACUCCAUGAAUAUGACUAACAAAGGUGUAAAGACGGAGUAUGAGAAAGUUUUGAACAUCUUUAUAGCAGUUGAUCUCUCAAGUAACAAGUUCGGAGGGAAGAUUCCAGAAGCCAUUAAUACCCUUAGUAAUCUUCGGUUGCUCAACCUUUCCAAUAAUGAGCUUUCAGGUACCAUCCCAUCUUUCAUGGGGAACUUGAGAAAUCUCGAAUCACUGGAUCUUUCUAGAAACAAAUUCUCUGGAUCGAUUCCUCAAGAGCUGGUACAACUGAAUUUUCUCUCAUUCUUCAAUGUAUCCUUCAACAAACUUAUUGGCCCCAUACCACAAGGUGGACAGUUCAGCUUUCAGAACAUGUCUUACAUGGGAAAUUCAGCGCUUUGUGGGGAACCUUUAUCCAAGGAUUGUGGGGAUCCAAAAGCAUUAGAGCAUCCAACAAUUUCAUCAGCUGAAGCUACUUGGUCUGACUUGCCGAGUGGAGUUGAUUGGGUUUUUAUGGUUUCAGGAGUUGCAAGUGGGCUAGUGAUAGGGAUUCUUUUUGGAGGCCAUCUAACCAGAGGUUGUUACAAGUGGUUUCUCAAAAGAUUCAGAAAUUGA